CCGAUACUAGCCGCUUGCACGAGGCUAAACAAAGACUGAAACAUUAUGAGAGCUGUCAGCCUUUCAGCAAAGGGGAACUCCUCAACCCCAUAUUCACCCACAAACCCAGCGCCAUCUUCCGCCCUACAGGUGUUGUCCGACGUCAAGAUACCUCAAGCAUCACGACCCGGGGAGCUGUUGAUCCGCGUGAAUGCGACCACAGUUAUUCGAGAUGCCUUAACUUGGCCCGAAACCUACAUUGAAGAGCAGAAGAUACUCGGCCACGACUUCGCCGGCACUGUGGUUUCGGUGGACGAGCCCCUUGGCAUGUCAUUCCAGGUUGGGGACGAAGUUUAUGGUAUGACGGAAGCGUCGCGGGCUGGAGCAUGGGCGGACUACAUGGUCGUCACCACGGAGGAAGCAUGUGUUAAACCCUCGCGCCUUUCCUGGGUCGAAGCUGCGGCCGUGCCCCUAAGCGCACUAACGGCUUACCAAGCACUAUUCGAAAAAGCUUCCAUGAGAGCACCAGAUUUCAUCAGGCAAAGAGGAGCGUUCGAAACGCACCAGGCCCCGAUGAUGAAGGAAGUUCGGAUAUUGGUGAUCGGCGCAUCUGGUUGUGUCGGCAAUUAUCUUGUGCAACUGGCAAAACUCGCCGGAGCACAUGUGACAGCCGCAUCCAGAUCGAACGAACGAAACAAAGACUUCCUGUACGCGCUUGGGGCAGACGAUGUCAUUGAAUACAGCGAGCUUACGGGAUCUGGCAAACAGUACCAGAUCAUUGUCGAUACUGUAGGCGGAAGCGUCCUAAAAACCUGCUGGUCUCUUGUUGGGGAUACUGGGAGCCUCAUAUCUGUCGACAGUGCCAGCUGGGACUUUGUUCGAGAACAGAGGGAGUCUGACGUAGCGCAAGAGAAGGACGAAGUUAAUGCAUUGUUUUUUGUUGUUUCUCCUUCAAGGAGGAACCUCGAACAGAUUUCUGCCGCAUUGGACGACGGGCUCCUCAAACCCUUUGUGGCAAAUACUCUACCUCUAGAGGAUGUCAGACUGGCUUACGAUAUGUCAUCAAAGUCGACCUCUAAGCGGGGAAGAGUCGUCCUCGUGCUCUAG